GAAAAAUGCUGCUGCCGCUGCUGGCGCUGGGCGAGCACAGUCCAAGCAAUGCCACAGCUCUGACUCAACUCGGAAACAACAACACCAGCACCAGUAGCGCCAACAGCACCGAGCUGGUACCAAUUGCUGAGAAACUCAUACGCUAUCGACGACAUCCACCGCACAGCAAACGCAACAAGCAUCGAAGACGCACCAAGGGACCCAAGACUAAGUAUGGACCGCCCAGCUAUCCGGCGGAGCCUCCGAUCAGCUACUACAAGCACACGCCCUCCUUUCCGACGCAUCACGAGUUGCCUGGUUUCUCGUUGGAUGAUUUUCAGCAGUUGAAAUUCGAUGGGACCGACUUCCAGAUACCCGCUUCCAGCUACGAAGCGCAGUCCAUGGAUCUGGAUCUGUAUAGCCAUGGCGAGCCGGAUCUGUAUGGCGCCCACAAGUUUCCCAGUCUCGAGUACAGCGUAGCCGACAGCCAUGAAUCUGCUCCACCCUCGCUGAGCUCCUACGAUCACAAGCCCCAUCAGAAGUACGGCGUGCCGCCGCAACAUCAGAGCUUUGAUUCCCCCAACUCCUUUGUGUCACAUCAUUACGAACCGCCGCCUGCGCCGGCACAUCCACCCUCAACUAAAUACGGAGCGCCCGCUGUGUCCAGCUACAGGCAUUCAGCCUCCCUACCUGCUCCCGACUCCUACUCCAUUUACGAGCACAAGAUACCGAAUUCCGGCUACCAUCACAGCUUCGCAGAGCCCCCACCUAAGCCCCCAGCACAUAACACCAACUUUGAGAUCUCCUACUCACCGCCCGCCUACGAGAUAUCCACCUCUUACCAGGCCAAUGAACACAGCUAUGCAAAGCCAUCGCCUGGUCAUGGCUAUGAAGCACCGCCAUCGUCUCACGAUAGUUAUCAGCCUCCAGCUCCUGCUCCUGGUCAUAGCUAUGAAGCACCACCAUCAUCGCACGACAGCUAUCAGCCUCCAGCUGCUUCACCUGGACAUAGCUAUCAACCACCAAGCUCUGCCCAUGACAGUUAUCAACCGCCAAGUCCGUCGCCAGAUCAUAGCUAUCACCCACCUGCUUCCUCUCACGACAGCUAUCAGCCACCUAGUCAGGGCUAUCAUCCUCCAACAUCAUCCCACGACAGCUAUCUUCCACCAACGUCAUCUCAUGAUAGCUAUCUUCCACCCGCUCCAUCGCCUCCUAAUCACAGCUAUCAGCCAGGCUCCUCGCCUGCUCACGAUUACCAACCACCACAAGACACUCACUAUGCGGAGCCGCCACCACCAUCAUUAGAUCAUGCGCCCAGCUAUUCCCAACCGGACACCGAGCAGCCCGUCCAGCACUAUCCGCAGGAGAACUAUGCACCACCGUCAGAGGAGUUGCCACUCACGCCCAAUCACAAGUUCCCGAGCUUUGAUUUUCCCAAAUCCAGUUACGAAGUGCCCAUCUACGAUCCCAUACCCUUUGAGGCAUCAAACAAAGAUGAGCAGGAAUCCUAUCCGCCCAUACUCCCAGACAAUACGCCCAACGAGCUGCCCUCGGAGGAUACCCACACCGCAGGCAGCUCUCGUACGCCAACAAAGAGUCGCAAGCGCAAGCGUCGCCCCGCCUUGGCGUCGGUCUCUAAGAAACAUACGCUGGAUGUGCCGGAGCUGCAGGAGGCGUACGAUGCUGAUGCCCAAAUACAUGCGAGGGAUACAGAUUUAGAUACAGCUGCUCAUGGCUCUCGCCAUGUGGAGCAGAAGCGAAAGUAUGUCAGCUAUGUAACGCCCUCGAUAAGCCCAACCACAACGACAUCGACCACCUCGGCACCCUGGAGUCCCAUGCGUCUCCGUCCGACUUCCAGCGAUGGCUUCAUACCCACGGUGGUUACAAGCACACCGCCAACGCGCAGCAGAGGUCGUGGCACUUCCCGCUUCCGCAGUCGUAAUCCCAGCACCGAGGCCACCUCGACGGUGGUUACCAUCGAGAAGUCUCGCUCGCAGAGCUACUACGAUGGCACAAUUGCGCCGCCCACCUAUCAACAGUUCACGGUGGGGCGUGGUGCGAGACCAACGCGACCCACUCAGCUGCGUGGUGGUGGCACCACUCCGGCCUCUCCCGGCGGCACGGAGCGCAAUGCGACGCCCAGGCGCACCACCAAAGGCAUCUUCGAUACGACGCUCUUCAAGACUCCCCAGAGCGAUCGCGAAAUGGAGAGGAAGCUCCUCGCGCUGCGUCAGAACUUGCCAAAAAAUCACAAAUUAUAUUAAAAAAGACUUCUUCUAUGUGGGGACUACGAGAUGGUACUAUCAUCGCAACGGAACACGUAAGACUACUUUGGAGCUUGGAGUUAG